AGAGGGAAGGACUAAGGAGUGGGAAUUGGGAAAUGUUGGGAGUCACAACAACAUGGCUGCGGUCAAACGUCUUGGACAUGGCUCCGUCUUACUUGGUAGACUCAAUUUCCCAUACUAAUCCACCACCGCCCCCACCACCCACUUCGUCAACUUUCAGAAGUUUGAAGUUUGAAGUUUGAACACAUUCUAAUCUUUGAAAAUUCAAACCCUCCAUUUCCAUCUCCUCUCAUUCUCACCUGCCCCUUCCCCGUCCCCUAUCCUCUUGAGUCCCCAGUCCCAAAAAAAAACAAAAAUAACAACAGAAGCAAGUCAAUGCUUUUAUCCCCUUUCCACCUCGAUUAAACCGAAACAAUAUGGUCAGAUUUGUUUUUAAAAAAUACUUUUUAAAAAUGUUUUGCAUUUUUCCAAUAUGAAAGUUUGUCUUUUUAAUUUUCUUCUUCAAUAUGAGUUGUCAUCAUCUUUCAUUUAUUUAUUUUUUUUAAAAAGGGAAAUUUCCAUUUCAGUCUUAAAACUUUCUUUUUCUCCGAGUUCCCAUUUCAACACCUCGGCCUCUUUUAAAUUUCCGUGUCUCCUCGGGUGUGGAAAUUCUAGGGUUCCAUUCGUCAAUCACCUCUCUUCUUCCUCUGAAUUUCCAUGCUUCAAUUCUAAAUUCUCGUAUGCAGCUCUGAGAUGCUCUGCAAUUCCCUAAACCCUCACAAAAUUCACAGUCCAUGGAGGCCUCUCAGAGCACUAGUUCCAAUUCUCCCCCGCCCUUUCUCACCAAAACCUAUGAAAUGGUGGAUGAUCCCAUCACCGAUUCGAUCGUUUCGUGGAGUCAGGCUGGCCACAGCUUUGUUGUUUGGAAUCCCCCUGAGUUCGCCAAAGAUUUGCUCCCCAAGUACUUCAAGCACAACAACUUUUCCAGCUUUGUCAGGCAGCUGAAUACUUAUGGUUUCAGGAAGGCUGAUCCUGAGCAGUGGGAGUUUGCAAAUGAGGAAUUCAUUAGAGGUCAGAGGCACCUUUUGAAGAACAUACAUAGACGCAAGCCGAUUCAUAGCCAUUCCACACAAAAUCAGGUGGGCUCAGCACCAUUACCAGAAUCAGAAAAGCAGGAAUUUGAGGCUGAAAUUGAGAGGCUGAAACAUGAUAAGGGUGCACUUCUGUCGGAGCUACAGCGGUAUAAACAGGAGAAUCAGUUCUUUGAGUUUCAAACACAGUCUUUAGGAAAACGAGUGUUUAAUAUGGAACUCCGGCAAAGGAAAAUGAUGGCCUACUUAGCGCAAGUAUUGCAGAAACCCGGAUUUACUUCUAGUCUCAUGGCACAGUCAGAAAUUCAUAACAAAAAGAGAAGGUUAUUGAUGCCUAAUUACCUUUUUAAUGAAGCCAAUGUUGAAGAGAAUAUGGUAGUGACUUUCCAGAAAGAAAAGCCGGACACAAUUUCUGUUCAAGGGGAGAAUGUUGAGAUGAUUGAGAGUUUGGAAUCAUCUUUAAAUUUUUGGGAGAAUUUUCUCUAUGGGAUUGGUCAAGGCUCAGCAGAUGUAAUGGAUGGUUUUGGAACACUUUCCCAGCCUUCUCCACUCAUUAUUACAGAAAUGCAUUCAUCAUCAGAUCCAGACACAAGCACCCAGCCUUGCUCACCUAAAUCAUAUCCGUCAUCACCUCAUUCCAGGGAUAUUCACUCAUCACCAGAGUUGGCCAGGGCUACAAAUCAUGCGGACAGCCCUGCUAUUUCUUCUAUUUAUCUCAAUAUAGAUGGUUGUCCUAAAUCUUUGAGGAUUGAUGUCAAUUCAGAGCCCACUAAUGCUUCUGAGGUUGAGGCCUCAAAAGAAUGUGAAGGAGGGACAACUGCUGCUGGGGCAAAUGAUGUCUUCUGGGCACAGUUCCUGACAGAGACACCUGGUUCAUCGGAUGCACAGGAGGUCCAGUCAGAACGGAGGGACGCAUAUGGCGGCAAGGGUGACAGUAAGCCAGAUGACCACAGGAAAUAUUGGUGGGAUACAAAUAAUCUAGAUCAUCUUACUAAAAAAAUGGGUCAUCUUACUUCAUCUGAAAGAACUUAAUGUUGGUCCAUUCGUUUAACACUAGGUCUCAGUGGCUGGUUGUAUAUUAACUUAACUAAGAGGUAUGAUUACCUUGGUCCUAUAGUUACAGACUACAAGUUUUAGCCCUCACUGUUGUGGUGCAUGCCAGGUUCUUGCCAAUAAGUUUCUGAUGUUGCAAGAAAGUUUAUAUGUUCAUUAAUUUUUGUAUUUAUAUGAUAUCAGAUUAUAGGUUUUGUACAUUUUUCCAUCUAUCUAUACUUAUUUUUGACACA